AUGUCGAUUAAUUACAGCACACCACAUGCUGUGGAUGUUCCAGUUAUUGACAUGGAUGAUCCAGAGGAUGAUAUCAUAUUUGCAGAGCAUCAGAACAACAAUCAUUCGCCAAAUACAUUGUUUGACCCCCUCGCUGAAGAUAGGGAGAGUAGUUCCAAAUCAGGUCUUAUUGGAAAACUCAAGUCACUUUUGAGAAAUGACACGAGAACCAAUGACUACGAAAUGGUGCUGCGUUAUGAUGCUGGCAUAGACUCUGACGAGGAAGCUAUGAAUGAACCACCAAUAGAUUUAAAGGAAUAUAGGUUAAGACUUCUUGAAAAGAAAGUCAGGAACAGAACCAUAUUCGGCGGUUUCUUACUUACAGCAGUUGCGGUUGUACUCUUUAUACUUUACUUCACCAAGAACAUCAAUUUAAAGUUAAGCAGUGAAUCGACCAAGCCGCUGCACAAACUUUACUCCAAUUCAACCCACGACUUUUACAAAACAACUAUUGUGGUAUCACUAGAUGGUUUUCAUCCUCAUUACAUUAACCCUCAUGAUACACCAACACUCCAUAAUAUGUUUAUCAAUGAUUAUGGUGCUCCAUACAUGGUUCCUAGUUUCCCAUCAGUAACUUUUCCUAACCACUGGACAUUGGUGACUGGGUUAUACCCAUCAGAACACGGUAUUGUAGGAAACACAUUUUUUGACACUAAAUUGAACAAACAGUUUGUUAGCACUGAUCCACAAAAUGGCAGUCUAGAUCCCGAUUUCUGGCAAGGUGGUGAGCCAAUCUGGAAGACUGCCGUGCUGCAAGGGGUCAAAGCAGCAGUGCAUAUGUGGCCUGGCUCUGAAGUUCCAGGGGUUGGACCAGAUUUUGAUUCCGAUAGAUUCAAUGGGUCUGAAUUGUUGACCUCUAAAGUGGAAAGAGUGAUGGGUUGGUUAGAUCGGGAGAUAAACACGAGGCCAGAGUUAAUCUUAACCUAUGUUCCUACAGUUGAUGAGUAUGGCCACAAGUAUGGAAUAUCUGGUGAUGAAUUAUCAAAGAGUUUGACUUAUGUUGACGACUUCGUAGAAUUGAUGAAGAGUGAACUUCACAAGAGAAAUCUUGAUGAUAUUGUUAACUUGGUCUUUGUUAGUGACCAUGGAAUGGCGCCUACAUCCAACGAGAGGGUUUUGUAUCUUGAUGAUUUGAUCGACUUGAAAAAAAUUGACCACGUAGAUGGCUGGCCAUUAAUUGGAUUAAUACCAAAUGUUGAUGUGGACGAGGCUGCGAAAGAGAUUAGAACAAGAUUCGACAAACUCGAUCUGAACUUAACUAAACAUUAUCAUAUUUAUAAAAGAGAGGAAAUUCCCCAGAGAUUCCAAUUUGGUGGACUGGUUGAUGAUCACAAGUUUAACUACAGGCUAGCUCCUCUUUGGAUCAUACCAGAUGUUGGAUAUGCAGUUACAACUCAUAAGCAAAUGGAGGAGAAUGGUGGAGAGUACAAGCCAAAAGGUGUUCAUGGUUACGACAACUCACACUUAUUGAUGAGAGCAUUGUUUUUAGGAUCAGGUCCAUUCUUCAAAGAGAAAUUCAAGUCAAACAAAGUUAAACCAUUUGCAAACGUUAACUUCUACAACCUCAUUUGCGAUUCGUUAGAAUUGCAACCGGCUCCAAAUAAUGGUCAACUGGUUCAAAAAAUUGCAUCCCGAGUGUUACCGAAGAAUUGGAAUGAUGCUCUGGUUUUCCCAGAUUUGCCAUUUGAUGUAGAACAUAUUGUCCGUAACAAUGCAACUUAUGAUCAGUUGUGGAGAGUCGGAGGUAAAGCUAAGCCAGUCAAUGAACAGCCCAAUCCAAGUCCAAAGGCUUCUCUUGUAUCCGAGCAAUCAACAAUCACCCCAAUUGAGACUCAGUCGUUGCCCAAGCCAAGUGACUUUCUGACUACUACAACGACAAGUGACGUGAGCACUACCACUGAUCCCUCGAAAACGAUUGCAACCAGUACCACCACACAUAAGGAAGGGUUUGGAGGAUUAUUUAAUGAAAUUAUUGACGAUAUUGAAGCUGGGGUGGAGGAAAUAGGAGAUGCUUUGCAUAGUUUUAUUGAUGACAAUUUUGACUAG